UUGUACUUCAUAGCAAAAAUACAGUGCAGAUUUGUACAUGAUCCAAGGGAAAUUAUGUUCAUUUAUUAAAUAAACAUCAUAUACAUAAUGUGCAUGUGUACUGAACAUCAAAAAGUCAGCAGACUGAUACAGCCUUUAAUGCUUUUCAUGCCAAACUCUGACCCACAGCAGUGUGUGCAUUCAAUUGAUUAUUAUUUUUUAUUAUUAUUAUUAUUUUAGAACAGAACUACGUUUCCCAUGAUGCACCAUCGGGGAGCGUCGGGCUGUCAACGCCGGGGGGAGAGGAAUCGGUUCAGCAUCUCCGGAGCUGCGGAGCGACACGCAGGACAGAAACACGAUGUACGCGAACACGAUGAGCUGGAACUAACUCACCCACUGUCCGCCGCGUUGGUCCGCCGCGAUGCCCGAACCGGAUAUCUGACGAACCGAACCUCCUCGUCUGCCUCGGAUCAGCGCGGACUUUUAAUUCAUCAAUGAGAUCUGCGGAGAGGCUCUGGCGCUCGGUGGAAACGCAGAAAAACGCAAGAUGAAGAAGCAGUUCAACCGCAUGAGACAGCUCGCCAACCAGACGGUGGGCAGAGCUGAAAAAACAGAAGUAUUGAGCGAGGACCUACUGCAGGUCGAGAAACGACUGGAGUUGGUCAAGCAGGUUUCCCACAGCACACACAAGAAGCUGACUGCCUGUCUGCAGGGUCAGCAGGGUGUGGACGUGGACAAGAAGUCUGUCAGGUCGCCCUCGAAAAAGCUUCCUCUUACAACACUUGCACAAUGUAUGGUGGAGGGGGCGGCCGUGCUGGGCGAUGAGUCUCUCCUGGGGAAAAUGCUGAAGCUCAGCGGCGAGACGCAGGAAAAACUUGCUCAGGAGCUCAUCUCAUUCGAACUCACCAUCGAGAAGGAUGUGAUCGAACCGCUAUGUGACCUGGCAGAGGUGGAAAUCCCAAACAUCCAGAAACAAAGGAAACAUUUAGCAAAACUGGUCCUGGACAUGGACUCUGCUCGCACAAGGUACUACCAGUCUAACAAAUCCUCGGGAAUAUCCAGCAAUCUGCAGCCAACAGGAGCCAAGGCCGACCACCUCAGGGAAGAGAUGGAGGAGGCAGCCAACCGCAUGGAGAUCUGUCGAGAUCAGUUAUCAGCCGACAUGUACAGUUUUGUGGCCAAAGAAAUAGACUAUGCAAGCUACUUCCAGACAUUGAUAGAGGUCCAGGCAGAGUACCACAGGAAAUCAUUAGAGCUGCUUCAGAGUGUUUUGCCGCAGAUCAAAGCUCAUCAGGAGACCUGGGUGGAAAAACCAUGCUACGGGAAACCAUUAGAGGAGCACUUGGCGCUCAGCGGGAGAGAUAUCGCCUUUCCUAUUGAAGCCUGUGUCACUAUGCUGCUGGAGUGUGGCAUGCAGGAGGAGGGUUUGUUCCGAAUCGCUCCUUCGGCCUCCAAGCUGAAGAAGCUGAAGGCGUCUCUGGACUGCGGCGUGCUGGACGUCCAGGAGUUUUCCACAGACCCACACGCCAUUGCAGGUGCUUUAAAGUCGUACCUGCGUGAACUCCCCGAGCCAUUAAUGACCUUUGAGCUCUACAAUGACUGGAUCCAGGCCUCCAACAUCCAGGACCAGGAGAAGAGGCUGCAGGCUCUGCUGGGUGCCUGUGAGAAGCUGCCGUGUGCCAACAACAACAACUUCAAGUAUUUGAUCAAGUUUCUCUCCAAGCUGACUGAAGACCAGGAUGUGAACAAAAUGACUCCUGGAAAUAUCGCCAUCGUCCUCGGUCCCAAUCUGCUGUGGACUCACGAUGAAGGCAACAUUACAGAGAUGAUGACGACCGUCUCCCUUCAGAUUGUCGGCAUCAUCGAGCCCAUCAUCCAGCACGCUGACUGGUUCUUCCCCGGAGAAAUUGAGUUUAAUGUCACUGGGAACUACGGCAGCCCAGUCCACACCAACCACAACGCCAACUACAGCCUGAUGCCGUCUCCAGACAUGGAUCAGGUGGACCGUAGGCAGAACGAUCAGAGCCGACGGCCGCUGAGCGUCGCCACGGACAACAUGAUGCUGGAGUUCUACAAGAAAGACGGCAUAAGGAAGAUCCAAAGCAUGGGUGUCAGGGUGAUGGACACUUCUUGGGUGUCACGCAGGGGUCCGUCAUCGGCGCGUAAAACAUCCUCAACACCGCCAAACGUGCACCCGUCUACCCCGCCCGCUGACGCUCCCAUCCCCGAGCAGCCUGGGGAUUUCUAUGUGUCCCCGUCCCCGACCCCUCCUCCCACUAGCAGCGACCGAGCCAGCUCAGACGAUGCUUCUUCCAACUGGUCCGACUCCUGUUACGUCUAUCCCUCCCCUGAGGAGGAGCGACCGCCUCCCCCUUAUGCCUCCUUCUGUUCCUCCUCUUCCUCCUCUUGCUCCUCCAACUCGUUCCCUCACCACUAUAGCUACACCCGAGCACUGCAGAGUAUGCGUCCCGCCGCUCCCACUCCUGAGUCCGUCGUGCCCCCCGGCCCGUCCCCUCCACCACGCCUAGCCGGAUGCAGCCCUCCCCCGCUCCCCUUCUCCCCGUGUCCGUCCCCCCAGCAGCUUGACGUCAACUCCAACCCCAAACCUAACUCUCUGCACCUGCCCAAACGGGCCUCCCUGCCCGACACUAUGCAUGCGACCCUGUCCGAAACGAACGGCUCCACCCUUUACAUCAAACCCCCGCUCGUUCUUACCCGUCACGACCUGUUCCUGGGCUCCCCCAAACCUCCCAUCACCCCUCUUUCUGCUCCCCCUCCAUGGGCAGCAUCUGCCUGUAGCCGGGAGAAAGGAGCCAAGCUGAAGAGCACUCUGAAAAACAAAGAGCUGUCUCCGGUGAUCGGACAGAAGGGACUCCAAGGAGUAGUGACCCCUAGUGGACAGUCACAGCACUCUGAGCACAGCCCGCACAGUCUGAGGAGAGCAAAGAAGCUGGCCCCUAUCCCACCAAAAGGCCCUUACUGCCAGACAGGAGCCAUGUCAGACCAGUCGACAGGUCAACCGUCUCCAGUCAGUCUGUCGCCCACCCCUCCAAACACACCCUCCCCUUACGGCUUCAGCUACCCACAGGGUUAUGCCACCAUUGGUUCCCCGAUCCAGUCCCAUACGGCAACCACCCCAUCUCUGUCUUCUCCGCCCUCGCUGGCAGGCACGCUCACCAAGCCCAGACCAACCCCUAAGCCUCCUCGCCAGAGGCCCAACCUGCCUCCGCCACAGCCCCCCUCCACACCCGGCACGAGUCCCCAGCCUCUGGAACAUUCAUCCAGUCUCCUGGACGGUUUACCCCCUGGGGAAAGCAUGUCCACAGAUUCCCUCUGCAACUUGGACAUUCCCAUCAUCAACAUGGAGCUGGACAGCAUCUUCGACUUGACGCACAUCUCCCCCUUCAGAAACUCAGAGGCGCUUCCGCUGUCGCCAAAAAGCAAAGCAGACUCAGAGGAGGAGUCUGAAAGCACAGUGCUAUGACCCAACAUCGCAUCGUGUCCCGUCAGACCUCACCCGCCCUCCGUCCAGAGGGACCGACAUGUAAAAAAAAUCGCCUCUCCUCAAGGAGCUUUCCAUUUCACCUACGAUUAGCAUUUUACAGUUCCAUUUCCUGGAUUAUUUUCAGAUUUUUUUCUAUGUUUUCUAUUAGUUUUUGCCUUAUUUAAAUCACAUGCAAUAUUGCCUUUAACGCCACGCAGGAGGCUGUCUGGAUGCUGGAGGAAUGGGAGUUCCCCGCUGCUGCUGCUGCUGCUGUGUAAUGAGUGUCACAACAUCACCGCUCGUUUCCCACACGAUUCAUUUUUCCCCCUCACUCCUCAGGGGAAAUGCCUCGCUCGUGUAGUUCUGUCCAGCCUGAGCGUUCACUGUGAGUGUCAGUAUGCGUGUGUGUGUGUGGGGUGUGUGUGUGUGUGUUUUGCUAGUGUGUGACUUGACAAUUGUAUGACAUAAUGUUGCACUGUUGGUGUCGUGGAGCAAAAGCAGGAGUGCAUUAUUUUAGACAAGUUGGCGAUUAUGUGCUUUUCUUUAAAAACAACAAAACGAAUGACAUUCAGCUAGGUGAUCAGACACUGGAUAUUUAUUGUUCAUACAAUAUAUUUUCAGAGUAUAUGAUAUAUUCACAAUAGGAAUCCAAUCAGAUCAUAUUUUGUAUGAAGAGGAGAGUUAUAUAGGGGACAUUUUCACUUUUAAUGGAUGCAGGCAGGGAGCUUGGAAAUAUAUGACAUGCAUACUGUAGUUUAUGAAAGAUGGAGAAAUUCAGACUCUAAUUAUUUUGUCAGCAAUCAGAGCUGUAGGGGACCUUUUUAUAUUUCAUUCCUCAGUCUGGAGAAGCUUUACGAGGAUAUGGAUGUGGAGGACUGGUGUUAUGACGCCUGGACUUUCCAGCAAAGCUGCUACAGUGCUAGACACUGCUACCCCAGCUUUUCCGCUGUGGAAGAAAAUCCCACUCUCUCUGUGACACUGUCAGACAUGUACUCCAAGAAUACAUGGGGAGAGGAAAGAACAUGAUGCUUGAUUUUCUGUUUUUAUUUUUUAUUAUUAUUGUUUUUGCUCAAAACCUGUAAAAAAAAUCCAUAAAAAUUAGUUAACAAAAUAACAGAGUGUAAUUUAAGCCCAGCAUAAAUGCGUCUGUUCUGUGAAGGUUUGUUAGAGGAUACUGAUGAAAUCUGGCUUUGAUGGAAGAGAGGCAGAAAGAAAGAAGAGUGGUUUCCAGGAGAUGAAGCCCAAACUUUUUCAGUAAAAAAAAAAACCAAGUGAGAGGUGUGAGUCAGUCGAUGUACGUUGUCUUGAACACGCCGUUCCCGUUCAUGGAGAUGCUUUGCUUCAGCAGAGAGAGAAAAGCUGGUCAGAUCUGACUGGGAAGAAGGGUAGAUGUAAAAAAAGUAUUCCUCCAGGAAGCAAUCAUUUCUCAAUAGCUGAGGCUCCAGACCCUCUGAACGAAGCAAACCAUAUAACCAGGCGACCUUCUAACGCAACAUAUAACCAGAUCUAAAAAGGAUUUCUUUGGAUCUAAGUAAAUCUAUGUUAAAGCGACUCUCUCCAUUCGAUCUGAUUGAGUUUGAAUCUGCUGCCUCUAGAUGUGCAAAUCUGGCAGAGAGUCUAAAAUACUGUAACUGCAGUGAAACGUGACUCUACAAUGCCAUGCCUAAACUGUACAGAUUUUUUAUUUGUAAAAUGUUUUAGAUCCAUGCAUCAUUGUCCUUCCACUUCAGCUAUGUGGAGGCUUUUCCGAGGCGUUGCGUCCUGAGUGCAGGUGCCUGCAUCACAAUUCUCUUUACACUGCGACAGAUUUUCCCAGUUCUAACAAGUAAAGCACUUUGGGUAGAAGAUAAUGGGAGUUUUCACCCAGUAUGAAGCUGGUGUAGCUGGUUCUAUAAAAACGCAGCUCUUUCUCUACUUCAUCUUAAACCUCUGCAGUGGUUGCUUUUCUUGCUACAGAAAGAUAACAAGAUCUGGCAGCAGCAGCAGCUUAGUACUGGAACCAGUUUGUGUUGUGUUGCACUCCAGGCUUCAUAUGAGAAAUAAACCAAGCAGUCUCUUGUCAUAUCAUAAUAAUAAUAAAAAAAAAAAAGACAGCUCUUAAGCACCACCAGAAAGAAAAUGUGCUGUAUUUUUAUGAAUAAGCAAAAUUUUUUUUCAUCACAGUGCCAUUACGCCUGCAGUUGCAGUUUAUAGGAAACUGAUGAUGCUGAUAUUUUUGGGGGUUUUACUGGUGAUCCAGAGGCAAGAGCAAAGAUAUCUGUAUAUUUGUUUAUUUUGAUGAGAGUAUUUAUAGAUAUAUGUCUGAGUACGGUUUACUUGGUGUAAGGAGCUGUGAGUAUUUGCGCUCCACGUGAAUCUUGUCUGAGGAUUUAAACAAAAAGAAAGAAAUUACGUAUUCAGACACAGGACCAGAUUUUUUUCUGCUGCCGCAUUAAAACUUGAAAAUCAGUCAAACUGAUGUAACGAGGUUAGGAACAGCAGCAGUUUGCUACAUGCCUUGUGGAGGGUUUCGUCGUGACCUAUCCAACCUGUAGGACCUUCGGUUUCUGUCCUAAGAACGUCCACUGUGCUGCUCUGCCAUCGCCUCUCGGUGAGUGUGAAACCACGAAAUCGCAGGACUUUUGUAAAUCUUGAUGCGCCUGUAAAUAUUUAUUCUGUACAUACGGACAACAGGAAGAGUCAGAUAUAUCGAAAUCUAUUCACAUUUACCGAAAACUAAACACGCUGUACAUAUAUGGUUAUAAUGUUGGUGGUUGUAGCACAAUAAUGUCACAUUUACACAUCAGAUGGUGGCUUCUCUUUUCUACAUGGAAACAUGGUGUUUGUGUUGCAAACUUCCGGACCUCUCAAUCCUUGUUUUUAGCUUUAUUGGUAGAAGAAACAGAUUAUACCACAUCUAUUUUUGUCUUUAGCUUCUUGGUCUGACAAGUCAUUGCAGCUACAUGAUGCAGCAUGGCAUUUCACUGGAUACUCAAGUUAUUCUGGCCAUUUUAUUUUACAUUUGAAUGUGUGAAUGUGUAUAUUUUAGUUCUAAUUAUUUACACUACUUGACAACAGAAACUGCACCUGUGAUUGUGGGAUUGGUCACAGCACCUGUCAGCAAAACUGCCUGAUAGUCUAGAUCAGGGGUGUCAAACUCAUUUUUGUUUUGGGCCAAAUCAAGAACAUAAAUGCUCUUAAAGGGCCGGUUGUGCCAGAAUAUUGACAAACCUGUUCACAAACUGAUAGAAUAUCAAUGAAUUCCUGAAAUUAAAUAAUAUUAUUGAAUAUCUUUUCAGUCCCUCCAGGAUUUUGUGAUGUUUUUUUUUUACAAUAAAAAGUGUUUGUGGUAGUAAUUUGGAAAUAUUUACCAUAAUUUAUGACGGUAAAUCCAACUUUUUAUUACUCGUAUCGGUAAUAGAUUAUGAUUUGACUUCAAUUAAGGCUGACGCAGCUGUUUAGUACAAGUAAGAAAGUUUUAUACAAUUUUUGAGAAAAAAUCUGCAAUAAACUUCCUACUAUUAACUCAGAAAAGUGCUGGGAUUUGUUGAUUUUGUGAAUUUCGACAAUAAUUCUGAAGAAACUGGAGGGAUUGAUUGAUUGAUAUAAUUUGGCAGAAAACAGAUAAAAACUACAUUAAUUUGGUUGAUAACAAUAUUUAAGCACAUUCAGUGUUUGGUCUAGAAUCUAGAAGGCCACAUAUAAACUUACUGCGGGCCAGAUCUGGCCCACGGGCCUCGAGUUUGACACGUGGUCUUGAGCUUCAAUUUGCAUUUUUAUUCCACUGAUAAAGGAAGUCCAAAUGGUUACAAGAUACAAUUACAGCUUACCUUUUUAUAAAUCAACCAGUGAAGAGCAGAUAUAAAUCUUGAUAUAGCAUUUUUAUUGAAUCGACUCUUAAAGGUUAAUUUAUUUUAGAGUUCAGUUCAGAGAGACAGUUUGAUAUAGUUCAACUGUUUAUGGCUGUGAGUUUCUUCAUCAUGGUUUACAGUUAAUGAAAACCUAAAUUCUGUUGUGUUCUCAGAAAAUUCUAAUACAACAGACCAAUAACAAAGAAUUAAAAGGGUUAAUGUUUUAGAUACAGCUCCAUGUGGCUCUUUUCCUUCCACUCAACUUUCCAUGAAUGUGCUUUGCUUACAGGACUUGCAACGACCUUUUGUGGUUCUCCCUCCUUGAAGAGGGUUUAACUGAGUUUCUGCUGUUUAUUCGAUCAAAUCAGCAGGUUUUACUGUGAACAUUGAAUUUCUGUAUAAAAAAUAUUAUCCUGAAUAUAUAUAUAUUCAGUAUUAGAAAUCGGUUAUUUUUAUUACAAUACUGUCAAAUUUACUGAGUAGUCGUUGUGGGUUUUCAUUGGCAGUAAUCCAUAAUUAGAAGAAUUUACAGAAAUAAAACCUUAAAAUAAAUCUCUGUAUGUAUAAUCAAUCUAUACAUGAGGGUUUUUUUUAACUGAAUUACUGGAAUAAUUUGACUUUCAGAUGUUUUUUUUUUUUUUUUUAUCAAAGAGCACCUGUACAGGACAUUAAUUUAAGUUUCCAUGAUUUUCUUCAGUUUUUACAACCCCAGCUUUUAACUCUCUGGUAGCUGAUACAUUUUAUGUUUUGAAUCGUUUUUAAUCUGCUGUCAUGUCACAAUCGAUCGGAUCCACCAGAUGAAUUAGCAUAAUCCUGCAAUAAUCAAGUAGUUGAUAAUUAGGAGGAGAAAAACAAAGCAAGAACUUAGCAGCCAUUGUAGUUGGGCUGAGGUCUAUCUGUCUCCGCUCUGUGUUGUUUCCUGUUGCCAUUUUUUCACCAAAUGAUUUCAGAACACAUCAAACUUCACAUCCCACAUAGUCUUCAGCUUUUUGAGCACUGACAUAUAUAUAAAUAUAUCUAUAUAUAAGGCCUUUUUCUACACAAACAGCUGGAAUGUACAAACAAUAUUCACCUCAGAUGGAAGCGGGUGUGUCGCAUCAUCCACGUAGUUUCAUGCAUCAGACUGGAUGGAUGCAUCAUGAGCAGUUCUGUGGGAUGAACUUCAACAUCGUCUUUUGUGCAUUGUCUACAGCAUGCUUUUUCACCAUGCCUAUGAAACACGUCUUAUAUUUGGUCCUAUCUAAAUGUGCUUGUAUUUAUUUUCGAUGAGAGAAAAGAUCAGGCUCCACAGGAAGUAAUAGUCAGUGCUGCCCUUUACCCUUUCCUUUUUCAGCGAAACCCCUCGUCAGUUCUUAAAUCAUUCAGACGUUUCACUCAUAUGUUCCACCUUGUCGUGAAAAAGCAAAUCAGCUCAAAACAGAGACCACGAUCCUUUAAAAAAAAACCCUGUUUAGUAAACUACUGGACUUUAAUCUACUGGAACGCUGUAUAUCCUAGAAUAAUCCAGUUUAGUGUGUAGAUUACACUGUGGUGCAUGCAGUCAUUGCAGCCAAAAUACUCACUCUUAUUCUUUUUUUUUUUUUUCAUUUUGCAAAGAUUCAAGUUAUACGUUAAGGGGCCAAACUGAAAAGGGGAAAAAAAAAAAAAAAACAUUUGAUCCAAUCUUUGUGUUAAACUGUAGUGAUGCUGUUGACUCUCAAAGUCUGGAGUAAAAAAGGAAAUUGCAGUUCUUUAAAAAAAAAAAUCUUUUAUCUCUUGGUCACCAAGUGGAAUUCAGUGUAAGACGGGAAAAAAAUAAAAGUUUAAUCAUCCGAAUGUUGAAACUAUUAAACUUGUUUUUAUAUUAA